AUGCCCAGGGAUGAAGGACAGGAAUCGCUCUUGGCUGAUCACGAUGGCCUUGACAGGCCAAAUGGUUCCCCGCCAUUUCCAGGGACCCCUGACGAAGAACUUGAGCUUGUAGCCCGUCCUGACCCAGUCAACGCAACCCCGGUUUCUCCCUCCGCACUCCCCAACGCAGCGCCGCAACAAUCCUCCAUAUCUCAACCCACGCCUGACGGACAACGUCGCCCUCCUCGCACCACAAACCGGGUUCGAUUCGAUCUCGAUGACGAGCCAGAAGAUGAUCAGCAACCGGCCGCAUAUACCUGCAACUCGGAGGACUCGUCGUGGCUGGAGGAAGAAGAUUACGCUCGCGAUGGCGGAAAUCGAUCCGGAAGGAACAAUAGGGGACAGAUGGUGCCUCUUCUGACAGAUAUUGAAGCCCCGAGUGUGACUCUCGCCACGUCUGAGGAUUUCUUUCCCGAGCAAUACCUAGAAGAUGCCCGGCCUCGCAGCGGGAUGCGCAUGGCAUUCAUGAACAUGGCCAAUAGCAUUAUAGGCGCCGGUAUCAUAGGUCAGCCCUAUGCACUCAAGCAGGCAGGCUUGAUGACGGGUCUUGCAAUUCUGAUUGCUCUGACAAUCGUGGUGGAUUGGACAAUUCGUCUCAUCGUGGUUAACUCCAAGCUGAGCGGCGCGGACUCCUUUCAGGCCACGAUGCAGCACUGCUUCGGCAAAAGUGGCCUUAUUGCUAUCUCGAUUGCCCAGUGGGCUUUUGCGUUCGGUGGUAUGAUUGCAUUUUGUAUUAUUGUAGGAGAUACCAUUCCACAUGUAUUUAGCGCCUUGUUCCCCUCCCUCCGAGAUAUGUCGUUCCUUUGGCUUCUUACCGACAGGCGAGCCAUCAUCGUGCUUUUUGUCCUGGGUGUUUCGUACCCGCUCUCUUUGUAUCGAGACAUUGCGAAGCUAGCGAAAGCUUCCACACUGGCCUUGCUCAGUAUGGUCGUGAUUCUGGUGGCUGUGCUCACCCAAGGAUUCCGUGUCUCGUCAGAAUCUCGAGGAGAGGUCAAAAGUCUGCUUCUAAUAAACUCUGGCUUCUUCCAAGCCGUCGGGGUGAUUUCUUUUGACUGA